AUGGCCCUGAAACGAAGAGAUGUGGUUAUUGCUGCCGUAGCUGCGUUUGUUGCCUGGGGCUAUGCUGUGAGCUGGUUCUCCGUGUUGCGCUGGGCUGGCUAUGCAUUCGUCGCCGGCAUGCUCGUCUCCAUUAUCGGCUUCGUUACCACGUUCCUGCUGACCGCACAACGACCCAAACACGAGACUUGUCAACUUCCUAGCGCAUAUUUUCUCGGACCUGGUCGGUGGAAGGAGGAAGUGUCCGCUUUGAGGAAACGGCAAGCCUACGAGAAACAGAGCCUGGAUCUCGGAUGCUCGCCGCAUGUCGUGGAUGCCGUCGAUGGGCUGUUGGACUUGAUGCUUCGCGACUUUGUGUGCAGUUGGUAUUGUAAUAUCAGCCGGAACCCGGUCUUUCCGAACCAAGUUGAUCGGGCGCUGCGCCUGGCAAUCAUGGGUCUGCUCGAAUCGUUACGUCACAAGGAUCUGGCCGAGAUUGUUACGAGCCGGCUCAUCCCCAUUCUCACCGCGCACUUUCACGACUUCUACGAUGCCGAAAAGUCUGUACGAGGCAGAAAGUUAAACCGCUCGGUUACGGAAUCUGAAGAGCUGGACCUGGCCAUUGCAUCCAAGUACAAGGAUGGAAAUUUGCACCCUGCAGCGUCGCUCUCAUUCCCUGAUACCAAGAUGGUGCAGCAAGAUUAUUUACGGUCACUGGCUGAGAGAAUUGUCCCCAAGGUGCUGCCUGAGAAAUUGCUAGACAGCCGAUCUGUGUCCAUCAUUAUACGGGAGAUUGUCAGUUGUGCUGUGCUGUCUCCCGUCCUACAGCUACUGUCUGAUCCUGACACGUGGAACCAAGUCAUGGAAAACUACGGUCGCAGCAUGUUGCAAGACAGAUCGACGGUUCGUAAACUCAGGGCAGCUCUCGAUCAGCAUGCAUCGCCAACACCGCGAACGAUCAAGAUGACACCGGCCCCCCGACUCGCGCCAGGCGACAAUGAGCGCAAGUUCGAAAAGUUCAUUCGGGCCAUUCGAAAAGUAAACAACUUGUCAGAUGCACGACGUUUCCGCAGCGAGGUGGCCAGCCAACUAAAGCGAGAUUCGAUACAGGUGAACCAAGACCCGGCCUAUAUACGGCGCCUGGAAAUGGGCAAGCGGCUGUUGGACCAAAAGGUGCAGCAUCUGGCCGCUGGUGGCCAUCGCCAGUCCAUUUCGUUUAGCCCUACGACUGCACCUGGUGGCGUCACGUCCAAAUUGGAAAAUGUCUCCCUGGUGGAACUUUUGAGAGACGCAUCUGGACUGUCAUAUUUCAUGGAGCACAUGGACCGGCAGGGCUUAAUGUCUCUCGUGCAGUUCUGGCUCGUGGUUGAUGGGCUUCGAAACCCAUUAGAGGACGACGGUCAAGAGGAUGAACAGAACUACUCCAAUUUAUCUAUGUGGUCCGAGUCGGAUCGAAUGGACCUGCAGCAAAUCAACCAGGCGUACUUGUCGAAACCCGAAUUACAUGUCCCAGAGUCAUCCCGCCGGGAGGUUCGUCAUUUCCUUGAAGCUGGAAAAUCCGCCACGCCGUUUCAAUAUCACCGAGCCAGGAAGUCUAUUCUAAAAGCACAAAGCGCUGUGUUAGAGGAAAUGCAGUCGCAACACUAUCACGAUUUCAAAAAGUCUGAUUUGUACUACAAAUGCCUUGCCUCACAGGAGACGUCCACGGCGAGCUUGGCACCAUCCCAUUUACCCUCAACUCAGUCGCCUACAGUUCUAGCAUCACAGCCUUACCAAGCCAAACCAAAGCCGGUUUCUCGACUUGCAACGUCGGCUUCCGGCCACUCUAUCAAACGAUCCGAUUCUGCAGCAGACCUGCAGGCUAUGGACGGCAAUUCCAACGAGCCGGACCCUCUGACGCAGUCUCGGCGGUCUCUGGAUGAGUCUGGCUCAGCGCCACCGUUUGAUGAUGAUGAUGCAGACAAUGAUGGAUUGAUGGACUCGGUUCACAGUGCUGGCGAACCAGAACCACCGCCACAGGUGGCUCCAGAUACACACAUUGUUCAAGCUGUCGAAGAGGCCCUGAACAAUAUUAUGGACGAUGAACGUCCUCAAACUGCAGAAGAUCUGCGAGCCUCGCUAUUUGGGGACGUUGACGACGGCGAGGGGAGCUUUCUGGCGAACAAUGACCGCGAGUCGAAUAGGAACUCAAUAGAUUCAGGACGACCCUUGGUCGCCGCCAAAGACCAGGAGAAACCUAGUUUGUCGUCCCUGGGCUUAGUGAGCGCGGCGUCCAGAAUAGGCGUUUUCGUGGAUGAUGAUUUGUUUGGGGAUGAAGAUAAAUUUCUCGCAGAUGAGGUUGAAGAUACCGUUGAAGAUAAUACUGAUAAGGAUGAGGAUGAUGAGGUUCAUGAAGCAGCACCCGGAGACCUCGGACUUGCUGAAGCCAUAACAGCUCUUACCAACGACAUUGACCGUUUGGUUGCGCAAGAAGCCAUUGUUGACUCCUUGACACGAAAGGCCGAGCUUACAAACAACACAUCCGAAUUGCGAAUCUUACGCAAAUCCAAGGCAAGUCUACGGAGAGAAAUCCGACGUAAGGAGCUUCAAAGACAACAAUACGUUGUUCAGGAGAGUGACAAUAGUCUUUACGGCCGGUCUACUAUUAAGAUUAAGUCAAUUCAGGUUGGUCGGGAGGAGGACGGUAAAGAAUUUGCCAUGUAUGUUGUGGAAGUGCAGCGGAACGCUGGUGAGCAAAUGCCUGCCGCGUCAUGGAUAGUCACGAGACGAUAUAGCGAGUUCCAUGAUCUCCAUCAGAAGCUACGAUCCAGAUACCCGUCAGUAAGGAACCUGGAUUUUCCUCGCCGGAGAGUUGUCAUGAAAUUCCAAAGCGAAUUUCUUCGCAAGAGAAGAGAGGCCCUCGAGAAAUAUCUGCAGGAGCUACUCCUCCUUCCCGAGGUAUGUCGAAGCAGAGAUCUUCGCGCUUUCUUGUCCCAGAGUGUGAUCAUCCCUGGACAGGACAUUUUGGACCGCGAAGACAAGAAGGAUAUUGUAUCCAGACUGUAUGACUCUGUCGCGGACGGCAUGGAGGAUAUUUUGGGCAAUAUUCCUGUUUUGGAUCAGAUAUCUGUGGCUGGCCAGAAUCUCAUUGCCGCCGCCACGAAUCAGCUCAACGCAAUGCCACUGAGCGUGAGCGAAGACGCUUUUCCAGCGGCAGAGGCAGAGGCAGAGCUGAAUGCAUUCGAAAACAAAGAAGUGGAGCCGUUUAUCAAGCCCAUCUGCGACAUCUUCCUGGAAGUAUUUGAACUGAACCGAGGAAAUAACUGGCUUCGCGGGCGCGCGGUUGUCGUGGUCCUGCAGCAACUUCUGGGGGGCACUAUUGAGAGAAAAGUGCGCGACAUUGUCAAGAUGCUCCUGCAGGAUGAAUUCAUUCUGCGUUGCAUUGCUCUGGUGGAAGACAGCAUGUGGCCUAAUGGGGUGUUGCAGCGCGAUAGGAAACCAAGAACCGAGGCGCAAAAGAAGAAGACUCGCACAGAGGCAAGUCUCAUGCUGGCCACGCUCGUGCCGGACCUGGCAGGAAAUGUUGUGGGAAGAGCAAAUGCGCAAACUGCCAGUCGGCGUAUCUUUGCUACUUUGAACAACUCCCGACUUAAGUGA